AUGAAGCAUAACGCGGACAACAAACGCAGGGAAAUCGAAUAUCAAAUCGGUGAUUGGGUGCUUGUGAAACUCAGACCUUUCCGGCAGAAGUCUGUUAAAGGGGUGCAAACAGUGGCUGGCAAAUUGGCCAAACGCUUUUAUGGGCCUUUUCAGGUGUUGACUCGUGUUGGGCCUGCAGCAUAUCGUCUCCAAUUGCCUGAAGGUGCCCGAAUACACCCAGUAUUCCAUUGCUCCUUGUUAAAACCAUUCAAGGGGAUCCCAGAACAAGCUGAUAUCGCCUCCUUUCCGGACCAGUUCAUCAAUGAUCAACCCGUACACCCCCCCUUAGCCAUAUUGGACUAUCGACGUUCUUCACUAGAACCUCGUGCCCUUUGGGAAGUUUUGGUUCAAUGGCGCGGAUUGUCACCCGAUGAAGCAACUUGGGAGGAUUGGAAUCAAUUGAAGCAGGACCAUCACCUUGAGGACAAGGUGAUUCUUCAAGGGCCACAGGAAGAUGAUAGCAAACCAAAGAUAGGAAACGCGGAAACAGAACAAGAGGGUCAAAUAGCAAAAAGAGGGGUGCAAGGAGAAAAGACCAAGAGAAGGAUUUGCAGACCCACGUACCUCAAAAAUUAUAUCUGA